AUGGGAUCUCCCGACCAAAUAUGCGCUUCUUUGCGCGCCCAGAUUAUUGUGGCAGAAGCACAACUUGCUGGGCUCAAACGCGACCUUGCAAACGCCGAACAAGCGGCGCGAUCGGAGACCGCAACGAUUGCAGAAACCCAGCAUGAGGAGGACCAGAAUGGCGAAGAAAGACGAUGGCCAUUGCUUCAGGAAGAAUAUAAGCGAUAUGGGCGACAAAUGAUUGUUUCGCAAGUUGGUUUGAAAGGUCAACUUAAACUCCGAUCGGCCAAAGUUCUGCUCGUUGGAGCUGGGGGUCUGGGAUGUCCAGCUGCGCAGUAUCUCGCUGGUGCUGGUGUUGGCACCAUUGGACUCAUCGAUGGGGAUACAGUCGAGGUGUCGAACCUCCAUCGCCAAGUGCUACACCGAACGAAGAAUGUGGGAAAGUACAAGGUUGAUAGUGCGAUUGAGUCUUUACGAGAACUGAAUCCUCAUCCCACGUAUAUUGCCCAUCGCACACAUCUCGCACCUGAGGAAGCACCUACGAUAUUCAAGGACUAUGACCUUAUUCUCGAUUGCACAGAUAACCCGGCGACGCGUUAUCUGAUCUCGGACACUGCAGUGCUUCUUGGAAAACCAUUGGUCUCUGCGUCCGCUCUGCGCACCGAGGGCCAGCUGAUGGUGUUGAAUAACCCGCCCCGACCACCGGGCGACAAGACUGGAGGGCCAUGCUAUCGAUGUGUGUUCCCGAAACCGCCACCGGCUGAUAGCGUGGUCAGUUGUGCAGAUGGAGGUAUUCUGGGGCCGGUUGUUGGGACGAUGGGCGUUCUACAGGCCCUAGAGGCGAUCAAAGUUAUUACUGCACCUGAGGUUGAUGGAGGUUCAAAUUCGACGACAUCUUCUCCACGGGAUCCCCCGUAUCUCCAUAUCUUCUCUGCCUACUCAUCGCCCCUAUUCCGCACAAUCCGUCUUCGUUCUCGCCGGGUCAACUGUGCUGUGUGCUCUGCCGAGCCAACGGUGACACUAGAUACAAUCAGGUCAGGUUCAAUGGACUAUGUAUUCUUUUGUGGAUCCGCAAAUUUACCCUCGCUACUUGGUCCCGAGGAACGUAUCUCUGCCCGAGAAUACAAUCAAAGACACCCGAACGUCACCUCCUAUUCGUCACAGCUCUACACCAUAAUUGACGUCCGAGACGAAACUCAGUUCGGAAUCUGCAGUUUGCAGAAUAGCAUCAACAUUCCUAUCUCGAACAUCCUUUCCUCAAGUUAUCCCACUGCGUUACAAAAGGCUGAUGAUGAGCAACAAGCUGCGCAAGUACCUUCUUGGCUACCGUCCGAGGUUGCAUCAUUUGAGUCUACAAACCCAAUCUAUGUCGUAUGCCGUCUAGGAAACGACUCGCAGAUUGUCGUCAAGAAAAUGAAAGAGUUAGGACUAGAUCAGCAUGGGAAGAGAUUCAUUGGUGACAUUCGCGGAGGACUCCGAUCAUGGAAAGAACAAGUGGAUUCCUCGUGGCCCGAAUACUAA